AGAAAAAGCCCUUGCAGUUUGCAGUGGAAACAAUAUAUACAUAACCAACGCUUCAACAAAAAGAAAGAAAUUGAUUUCUCUGUGUGCUCGCUCUGACUCACUGAGUCACGAACAACACAAAACCUUUUCAACUGCGAAUCGAAGUUGAUUGAUUUUAAUUCGUUGUUCUUUUUUUAAAUAGUUCUCGAAAAAAAUUCUUUUCUUUUAAUUGAUGAUGAAGAAUAAAAGGGCAAGAACGAGUGUGGACAAGGCGGUGGUUGAUGUUUGGCAGAGGGAAGUCGGGAAACUCUCGACUAGGAAUUUCGCCCACCGGCUUGCCGCUUCCGAGGAUCUUGUGCUCCGACUUGACAUUUACAAGAAACUUGUAAAGCACCAAGGUUGUGUGAACACUGUGAGCUUUAAUUCUGAUGGUAACAUUUUAGUCUCUGGCUCUGAUGACAAGCGGGUUAUAGUAUGGGAUUGGGAAACCGGAAAUUCCAAGCUUUCUUUCCAGUCAGGUCAUGUCAGCAAUGUUUUCCAAGCAAAAAUCAUGCCUUACACAGAUGAUCGCAGCUUGGUUACCUGUGCUGCAGAUGGGCAGGUUCGACAUGCUCAAAUUUUGGAAUGUGGUGUCGAAACUAGGCUGCUGGCCAAACAUCAGGGACAAGCUCAUAACUUGGCCAUUGAACCAGGAAGCCCUCAUAUAUUUUACACUUGCGGUGAAGAUGGAUUAGUGCAGCAUAUUGAUCUUAGAACUGCAGCACCUACAAAACUUUUCACAUGCUCUCACAUUGAUGAUAGCAGGGCUUACAUGCCAGUUAUCCCUCUCAAUGCUAUUGCAAUUGAUCCAAGGAACCCAAAUCUCUUUGCAGUUGCUGGAAUGGAUAAGUAUACUCGCCUUUAUGAUAUUCGCAAAUAUAAGUGGGAUGGCUCAACUGAUUUUGGUCAACCUACAGAUUAUUUUCGCCCCCCUCAUUUGAUUGGUGAUGAUCAAGCUGGAAUAACAGGCUUGGCAUUUUCAGAUCAGAGUGAGAUUCUCGUCACCUACAUAAAUGAGUUCAUCUAUCUCUUUACACAGGAUAUGGGACUGGGGCCCAAUCCAGUCCCAUCAUCUCCAUUAUCUGCAUUUAGUGAAGCAAGUGAAAUGGGAUUUGAUCACUCAGCUAUGGAUGCUGAUGAAAAGGCUAUUCCUCAAGUUUAUAAGGGACAUAGAAAUCAGGAGACGGUGAAAGGUGUGAGCUUCUUUGGACCUAAAUCUGAGUAUGUGGUUAGUGGAUCUGACUGUGGCCGAAUAUUUAUUUGGAAGAAGAAAGGCGGAGAGCUCAUUCGCGUUAUGGAAGCAGAUAAGCAUGUGGUCAACUGUAUCGAGUGUCAUCCUCAUACCACAGUUCUUGCCAGCAGUGGAAUCGAGACUGACAUCAAGAUAUGGACACCAAAGGCUAUUGAUAAAGCUACUCUUCCAACAAACAUUGAACAGGUGCCAAAACCAGCUCUGUUUCGUUUGUUUUCCUUUGCUGCAUUCAACGAGGAUGAUGAUGAUUAUAAUUUUUUUGAUGUUGCUGCUGCUGAUGAUGAUGAUGAUGAUGAUGACGAUGAGGAGGACGACAAUGAUGAUGAUGACACUGAUGAUGAUUACAAUGAUGUUUAUGAUGACAUUGAUGAUGAUAACGAUUACAAUGAUGAUGAUGAUGACGAUGACGGUGACAAUGGCAAUGAAGAUGUUGAUGGUGGUGAUGAUAGUGAUUGCAAUGAUGAUGUUCAAACCAAAACCUAGGAGUAGGAUGUACCAAGUAACAACACCGCAGGACCUGAUGUUGCGCUUGUUUUCACUGCAAAGGCGGGGGAGUAGCCCAGAACAGAACGGAGAAAACUCCUCAAUCGCUGGCGGGGUACCGCUAG